GUUUCCUGUGCAGAUGGAGGGUGUUAGACUAACAGUGAACAAGGCCUUGAGCAACCACUUCCAGGUCAACCACACAGUGUUGUUAAGCACUCUAGGAGAUUCCAGUUACAGGUUUGGAGCUACUUAUGUGGGGACCAAACAAACAGGACCAGCAGAGGCCUUCCCCGUCAUGGUUGGUGACAUGGACAACACAGGGAGCCUAAAUGCACAGAUUAUUCAUCAGAUCACAGACCGAGUGCGAUCGAAAUUUGCAUUCCAGACUCAGCAGCAGAAGUUUGUGAACUGGCAAGGAGAUGCUGAAUUCAAAGGAGAAGAUUUCACUGCUGCUGUGACCUUUGGCAACCCAGACGUCUUGGUUGGGUCAGGAAUUGUUGUAGCUCAUUAUCUCCAGUCUGUUACUCCGUCGCUGGCAUUAGGGGGAGAGCUGGUGUACCACCGACGGCCCGGAGAGGAGGGAACAGUCAUGUCUCUGGCAGGCCGAUAUACAGGCAGCAACUUUAUCGCCACACUGACACUAGGAGGCGCUGGAGCUCAUGGGUCGUAUUACCACAAAGCCAAUGAUCAGUUGCAGCUUGGCGUGGAGUUUGAAGCAAGCACCCGUAUGCAGGACACUAGUGUUUCAUUUGGAUACCAACUGGACGUCCCCAAAGCUGAUCUGGUCUUUAAAGGUUCUUUAGACAGUAACUGGGUGGUUGGAGCCACGCUUGAAAAAAAGCUGCAGCCUCUGCCUCUGUCACUGGCCCUCAGUGCUUUCCUUAACCACAGAAAAAGCAAGUUCCAGUGUGGGUUUGGCAUCACCAUUGGUUAAUCCUACCUUCUUUCUUGGUUAAUGCUGCAGUUUACACACCAGUGCUGUUGCUGGUGAAACGGUAAAGAUUGGACACACUUUGCAUAUUUAUCCACAUCUGUACAAAAUCAGUCAGUAAACAUGAAGCAAAAUAAAGUAAUAUUUGUUGUUCGUUCCAUGUAUCAGACCAACCUUUGCCGUCCAAAAAAGUACAUUUAAAAACAUCACUACUGCUUGAUGCAUUAUAAGAGAAACCAAGAACAAAUACACAUAUACAAUUUGCCUUUCAUUUUGUU